AUGUCGAAGGACACCAUCCAGCGCACGAUUCUUACGGAGCCUCAGGAUUGGGAUAAGUGGCUAAAGGAGCUUCGGGCCCGUGUGGACAAGACCAUCCACAAGCUCAUCUUCGAACAUGACAAGACCCCCCUUGAACUACCUGAACGCCCCGAAUUCAGUGACUUCAACGCUGAGGCUGAAAGAUUUGCUGAUCUGAAUGCAGGCCAGCAGAAGGCUUAUUCUGAAGCAUCGAGGGACUACGAAGGUCGCCGAAAGGAAUACCUCUACGAGACGAGGCUCGUCACAGCAGCCCGUACGACGAUUACGGAAACGAUUAGCAAAGCGAAGUUGACCUCCCUUCACGACGACGAGACUCUUCGGGAGUGGUUUGUAAAGCUCGAGGCCUCGACAGCCCCAACGAGGGGCUAUAUGAUGGAACGUAUCCGAGCCCAGUAUACGAUCCAUCUUCGAGCUUUUCCGACGAAGAAUAUCUCUACCUGGCUCGCUAGAUGGGAGGAAAUCAUGGAGAAGCUGAACAGUACUUCCUCGUGGAGGCUGUGA